CAUAUAAACAAAACAAAAACCAGCCGAUCACGAGUCAGACGGAUUGUGACGUAAAGCUCGUGACGUUUCUAGAGUGGGCUGACAGUCGUCUUUAGCUUGAUCAACAGACAGCGGCAGGCACUUUUAAACAUGGCUUUGAAUCGAAAUCAUUCCCAAAACGGCGGAGCUUUGAUAAACAACGGAGAAAGUGUUCUAAGACAGUGCAAGAAUGUGGAGCUGUCAUUCAGUGAUGUCACCUCCAAGACUGACCUACUUAAGGGGACCAAAAAGGGCACCAUUUACUUGACUCCAUACAGGUUGGUGUUUGUGUCCAGCAAUUCCAAGGAUUCUCUGGGUUCAGCUAUGUUCCCCUACUACCUGAUGAAGGGCUGCAGCAUCGAGCAGCCGGUCUUUGGAGCCAACUACAUAAAAGGCACAGUGAGGGCUGAGCCAGGAGGUGGCUGGGAGGGUCAGGCUAAUUUCAAGAUGUCCUUCCCCAGUGGAGGAGCCAUUGAGGUGGGGCAGCAUCUCUUCAAACUGGCUACAAAUGCUUCUCACGCUCCUCCAGCCCAGAAUGGCGCCGCCUCUUACGGAUACCCCGCACCAGGAAUGAUGAAUGGAUACGGCCCGCCUCCACCUGCUCCUAAUGGCUAUCCGUACCCACCCCCACCCCAGCAGAAUGGGUUCUACCAAGGCCCGCCUGUUGUUCCCGGCAAUAUGGGAUACCCUUAUCCACCAGCCGCUGGAGGAAUGUACCCAUCUGGUUUUGACUACAUGGCCCCACCUCCCCCCUAUCCCGGACCCCCUCAAAACUGGGCUCCACCUGCUCAGAACUGGGCAGCACCACCUCCUGUUGCAGGUAACCCAAAAGCAGCCGAAGCGGCCGGCAGCGCCUACUAUAACCCCAACAACCCACACAGCGUGUACAUGCCCAUGGAAAGGCCCCCCCCGUAUGCGCCUCAUCCAGACUCUGAGAAGAAAAGCAACUGAGGCUACAGCCACCACUUCAACACUCCUCAUGCUCCCGAAUCAAUUCCAAAGCAAGUCUGAAGGUGCAGAUCUUCACAGCUGCACAGAAAGCCAUGCGUUGGAACGCUCGGAGACGUCUGUGAAGCCUAUCCAUACACUCAUUAUUAUGGGUUUUUCUUUCUGAACAAAUCCCUCUUUGAAAUGGUUUUAUUCCUUCCUAACUUAAAAAGAAUGAAAACUACUUUUCUUUUCCCAAACUCAACAUUCUCAGUAAUGAGUUCAUUUAGACUGAUUCUGUAACCUUAAACCUGCUUCUGUUACAAAUUGGAAAGAAGACUUUAGUGUUUCCAGUGUGUUUUGUCAAAGAUGGAUUUAUUCAAAUGUUUAGCUGCAGUAAAUUUAUAAAUUUAAUGGCUAUUCUUAUAGUUAUGGCACUUUGUGGAGAUUUUUGUUGUUUCAAAGUCACUUCAAGUACAACACUUGUACUUGUGCUUAAAUAACCUCAUUUAUUUUUCUUCAGAAAAGGCAUUCUGUUUUCUCCCAUCCUUAUUCCAUGAGUACUCAGAAAGUUUCUUUAUUUGAGGACGAGUUUGUGCAGUUUUUGAAGGUUUUCCUUUUAGCAAAAGAAUGUGAGGAUGAACUUCCACAGCUGGACUUCAGUUUUCAGGUUCACAAUAAAUAGGAGAGGUUCUAAGGAAAAAACAACGUUUCAGGAAAACAGUUUAGUCACUACUGCUGACGUCAUUAGAUCUGUGUGGAGCAGCGAUCACCUGUUUGCUGGAUGAUUUGCACAAAUGUUUUGGAAAGAUGGAGGGAGGCGGGGCUUACUUGGUUUAAUCAGAUGUCUUUAUAUUAAUAUCUCUUUUGCAGUUCUUAUUCUUCUUGCUGAUAUUUGUCAAUAAAAUUCUAAUAAACUAUUAUCAGACUUAAGUUUA